AUGAAGCUCUCUCUUCUCGCUGCCGCGUUCAUCGCACCCCUGGUCUCGGCCCAUUAUUUCUUCGACACCCUCGUCAUUAACGGCCAGGAAAGCACUCCUAACAAGUAUGUCCGCUCUAACACCCGGCCCGAGAAGUACAAUCCGACCAAAUGGAAGAACACCCGCGACAAUAUGACCCCUGAUAUGCCUGAUUUCCGCUGUAACAAGGGCUCUUUCACCUUCGCCGGUCAGACUGGCACGGCGGAGGUCAAGGCUGGGUCCAAGCUUGCAAUGAAGCUCGGCGUGGGUGCUACCAUGAAACACCCUGGCCCUGGUCUUGUCUACAUGUCCAAGGCUCCCGGAGCGGCCAACCAGUACCAGGGCGACGGUGACUGGUUCAAGAUUCACGAGGAGUCCAUCUGCGACAAGAGCAAGGACAUCAAAACCGAUGCCUGGUGUACUUGGGACAAGGACCGUAUUGAAUUCACGAUUCCUGCCGACCUGCCAGACGGGGAGUAUCUUAUUCGGUCCGAGCAUAUUGGUGUCCACGGAGCCCAUGAUGGACAGGCUGAGUUCUACUACGAGUGCGCCCAGGUCAAGGUCACUGGCGGUGGCAAUGGAACCCCCGGACCUACCAUUAAGUUUCCAGGUGGUUACAAGAAGGAUGACCCCUCGUUCAACUUUAGUGUUUGGGGUGGCAUGAAGGAUUACCCUAUGCCUGGCCCGGCUGUCUGGACCGGAAGUUCGGGCUCUAGCCCUGCUUCUAAGGUUGCCAAUGCCAACAGUGCCAAUGGUGCUUCCUAUCAGGAGGCGGACACUUGCGGGAGCAGCUUGCAUCGCCGUGAGCACGCUCGUGACUUCAGCUACUGA